AUGGGUAUUUCUCGAGACAGUUGGCAUAAGAGACGUGCCACUGGUGGAAAACGUUGCCCUCCACAUAAGAAGAGGAAGUUCGAAGUUGGUUGUUUUGUAAAUUUUGAUAACAACUGCAAAGGCGCUCAGCAGGACUAUUAUUUACAGAUAGGUCCAAGACGUGUACAUCUUGUGAGAUGUCGUGGUGGAAACAUUAAACAUCGUGCAUUGCGGCUUGAUACUGGGAACUUUUCGUGGGGUUCAGAAGGGGUCACUCGGAAAUCACGUAUAGUAGACACGAUUUAUAAUGCUUCAAACAAUGAAUUAGUCCGUACCAAAACUUUAGUUAAGAACUCUAUUAUCACCAUUGAUGCAGUUCCGUUCAGACAAUGGUAUGAGGCUCAUUAUGCAUUGCCUCUAGCACGCAAAAAGGGUGCUAAAUUGACUGAAGAUGAAGAAAAUCGAAUUAACAAAAAAAGAAGCAAAAGGACUAUGCAGAAGUACCUUGAAAGGCAGAAAAUAGCUGCAGUAGAACCUCAUCUCAUUGAGCAGUUCCAGAGCGGCAAGCUUUUGGCUUGUGUGAGUUCAAGGCCAGGCCAAGUUGGACGUUGCGAUGGUUACAUUUUAGAAGGAAAGGAGUUGGAAUUUUAUUUGCGUAAGAUUCGUGCCAAGAAGGCUAAAUAA